CAGAGAGCUAGGCCUAGAGAAGCUCUUGUGCCACCCGUCCCAUGUGGGAGGAUUAAGGAUUCCUGCCAUCUCCGCUCUCUGCUUCCACCACCAGUAAUGGAGGGGAUAUCUGAAAAUCGACUUGAAGCUGCUGAUUGCUGUCAAGGCAGAGGAACAAAUAAAAUCGUUGGACGGGACUGUACAUACCACUGGGGAUCGGUUCUGCUGUACCAUCACAGACAGUGCUGGCAGGUUCUUCAUCGUUGCGGACAUUUCCGGAAAGAAAAAGGCGACUUUUUUUUCUUGAACAACCAAUAAAAUAUCCAAUAAGAUA